GCGAGCCACUCGCAGCAUCUCUGAGCACCAUCGGUGAGGAAUUCUUCUCUUCGGCUCUUGACACAUGCUAUGAGCGUUCCUUUUCUGCUCUCGUUUGGAAUAGAUUCAUUCCAUGUCUUAACUUUUUACUUGUGCAAAUUUUGAAAUGCGUUUUUAAUCCUUAUUUUAAAAGUGUGCUUGUCACCCUAAGAAGGAACUGCUCACAACCUGCGGUCGCAGGAAAAGCUGACAAGGGCAGGAGUGAUACAUGGAUCGACAUUUUUUCACCAUUUGUUGUUCACAAGAGGAGACUUGUUCACAAUGAGCUGUAAGGAAGUUGGCUAAUGGAGAGACAAUCAGGACUACCUCAGCAGAUCAGACCUUGCAAGAAGCUUGGCGUGUACAACUAAUCAUAUCAGUUGCAGAGUCUUGCAUGCUAUGGUAUCAUGAGUGGAAAUACAAAGCUUUUGCCCAUGGCUGUCCAUUUCUCUUUUUUGAGACCAUCUGAGGCGGCUUUCACAUAAGCAGCUAUAUACCUCAUUCAGAAACACUGGUACCUUUUUUACAUUUUUAACAUGACCUGCUUUUUCCUCUAUCCAACACGCUUGGAAAAUGUUUAUGAAAAGUAAAUGGAUUGGGAGCAAAGCAGACCAAAGCUGUCAAUGUGGCCCCAAAACAUGAUCUUGAAAUUUUGAUUAGUUCCGUUUUGCCUCACUCUGAUGCCUGCAGGCUCUGCGCAACUAUAGCACUCAUAACUCCCAGAUGCUGCAAUAAGUUUGUUUAGAGUGUCUGUGUUUUGAUAUGUACAAUAGAAAACCAAAGGGAGUCGAGACAUUGGCCAAGAGGUCCCUUUUCCAAAAGCUAGAUUUAGAAACAGUAAACGGAUUGUGCAAUUACAAGCUAAUAUGAAUUAAACGUCGACACUUUUGGAACCUUUGAAAUUAGGAUUUUGAAGCACUUAACAGCAAAUCAUCGGGUCCUUAUUUCACAACCCAUUCUCAAAUCACGCUCAUUGUAUACUUGUGAGGACAGCUUAAGGAAUUAGCAGACUUCACUGCAAAUACUGAAAUAUCAGUCCGAACUGUGGACCAAAUUGCCAGCUGGACUUCACCACAGACAUGCAACAUUUUUGUAAUUGUUGCCUUUUUCAGCAGUCCUAGUUUUGCUUGCAGAGGAAAUAUCUCUGCUCUGACAAUUAAGGAACUGCUUCUAAGCAUGACUGAUUUCAGAGGAGAGCUCGGAGCCCUUUUUUCUCUCCUUAUGGGCUGUAUUGAUUUUUGCCAAUGCUCAUUUCACUGAGAUCCAGCCAUGUGAAAGACAGAGGAAAAGGGAAAAAGAAAGAAGAUUGCGUUCUGCUGGAAGAGAUCACAGAGAGGGCAUCUACACAGGCUCACAGGCCAUCUGCACUACAUUUAGGAUAGAACCCUAUCCAAGUGAACAGGGUUCGGAACAAUGAACCGGUCAGGGCUGAUUGAACCGGUCCCAACUGCAAACGGCAGCCUUAGCAACUACUUCAGUGUGUCACUAAACCACUCCUGCCCUCUGGGUUGGGGACAAAACAAGGUUGUGGAGGCUUGUGUCUUGGAGACAGCCGUCAUCGUAUUACUGACCGUGCUUAUCAUUGCAGGGAAUGUGACCGUGAUCUUUGUGUUUCAUUGUGCCCCUUUGUUACACCAUUACACCACCAGCUACUUUAUCCAGACUAUGGCCUAUGCUGAUCUGUUGGUGGGGCUAAGCUGCCUAGUGCCCACCCUUUCGCUGCUUCAUUUUCCAGCUGGUGUCCAAGAGCCACUCACCUGUCAGGUGUUCAGCUACGUCAUCUCUGUUCUCAAGAGCGUUUCGAUGGCCUGUCUGGCUUGUAUUAGCAUGGACCGAUAUUUGGCUAUUACAAAGCCCCUAUCUUACAACCAGUUGGUAACACCCUGCCGCCUUCGUUGCUGCAUAGUUCUCAUAUGGAUCUACUCUUGCGUGGUGUUUCUACCUUCAUUCUUUGGCUGGGGUAAGCCAGGGUACCAUGGGGAUAUCUUUGAAUGGUGUGCCAACUCUUGGCCCACGUCUGCGCUCUUCACUGGCUUUGUGGUGUGCCUGCUGUAUGCCCCUGCGGCCCUUGUGGUCUGUUUCACAUACUUCCACAUCUUCCGCAUCUGCCAGCAGCAUAACCGGGAGAUCAGUGAACGAAGGGCACGCUUUCCCAGCCAGGAGAUGGAAACUGCAGAAGGGGGCCACCCUACGGGCCACGGACCGGACCGACGUUACGCCAUGGUGCUCUUUCGCAUCACCAGUGUCUUCUACAUGCUGUGGCUCCCCUACAUAUUCUACUUUCUUCUCGAGAGCUCCCAUGUGCUGGACAGCCCUGCACUCUCCUUCGUGACCACCUGGUUAGCAAUUAGCAACAGCUUUUGCAAUUGCGUCAUUUACAGUCUUUCCAACAGUGUGUUCCGGUUGGGGAUGCGUAGACUCUCGCAGACACUGUGUUCGUCCUGCUCUUUCAGCCCCUGCACUCAUGAUGAUAAGGACUUUGGCGAGCCAAAGCCAAGAAAGAGAGCCAAAUCUUGCUCCAUCUGAAGAUUUGCAAAGAAUUGCGAUGAUCAAUCUUAAGCUGCUAAAUAUUGGCAUUUGGCCCAGAUUUAACAAACAACAGUGUAAUUGUAACAUAAAUAGAAACUUCGUAGUUUCUUGAAAGCAGAUUGACUGUGUUACACACCUAGCUAGACAACACCCUUUUGUCUAGUCCUCAUAUGAUCUAUAUUCCUUGGAAAUAUUAAAUUGACAUCUGCCUUGGUCCUGUAAAUAACAUCAAAUGUGGUCAUUGGACGUGACCACCUAGAAAUAUGCAGUUUUUAGAGAGUUUGUUUGCAAAAUAUAUCUACAAAAUAUUUAAGUCAAAGCCAGGGGGCGGGUUCAAAGCUCUUUGUGAUCGCUAUUUCCAAAUAUAGAGCACACUUGCUAUUUUUAGUCACAUUACCCUUGUUGCAGGAUUGGAUGUUUUGAUGUUUUAGUUUUGUUUCACUGCUGUAACCAUAAGCAGCAGCUUUACAAAAUGAUUUGAAGACCUUUUUGACUAUUGGUUUAUUUCCAUUGAGUCUUGAGCCUCAUUAUUAUGGCACAGUAUGUCUUAAAUCUAGGAUUUAAAUCCAGCUAAAACAAAUAUGUGUGACCUGUGAAUCACCUCAAAUGUGAUGUAGCAAAGGGCAAAAGCAGUUGAUACAAGUAUCUAUCAAUCUAUCUAGCUCUAAUUAUUUUUAUGUUUUUUUCUAGAUUCAUUCUAAAUCUGAUCUUUUUCUUAGGAGUCUUUAAAUAUCACAUGCGCACAAUAUCAACAAUGCCUGUAAUAGUUGUGGACCGUAGUUUAGAUCCUCAGUGGUGUAAAGCCUUAGCUGUUUGUAAUUAGACCUACUGUAUUUGCCUGCAGUGACCCUUUGAGAAACAUGCAACACAGCAUGUUUUAUUUAUUUUUUUCUUGCCAGUUCAGCUUUAACUUAACUUGACGUUCACAUUACUGUGAGGCUGAGCUUUGAUUCUUCUCUUUACUUGUAUGUAUGUCCAAAACAGAUUUAUUUAUUGCUUAUUUCUUUAAAAGCAUAAUGUUUUGCUUUCAUCUUACUCUUUCAUUUCAUUCUAUUGUCAUUUCAUGAGAUCUGAUGUUUAAUUAAAUGUAAUUUAUUUUUAUAGUUUUAUCUUUUUUAGGGUUUUAAAUUUGUAAAGGGAGGAUUCAAUUGUUUUUCAAAGUCAACUACUUACAUAUUUUAUAGCUUUUUUAAACUGGCAUGGAAGGGGCAGAAAAGGUUGCAUUCUCAAGUUUUCUAGAUUGUUGCCAUUUAUUAUGUUCUGUGAGCUUUUAUAAUGGUUUAUAAUUAACAGGUAUCUGUUAUAAGUUUUACAUUUGAAUAUUUGUUUCCUAAAGCAAGACUCUGAGAAAUUAUAUGUUCUGUAUUUAAUAUCAAAUUGAAUAACAUAUGUAUUUCUUUUAAAAAUGUUCUGCCAUGAGUAAAGGUGAGCUUUUUCAUUAUCACGUAUCAACAUGGAAGCCGUCAUUUAUAUAAUGGUACAAAGAAUACAAUAUAUGGCUGCUUCUAUUGGAUUUGUAAUACUUGGGUAUUGUUUGAAGCAGCAUUAAACAGAUAUGACUUUGAGUCUAGUAUUGGUGGUUUAAUAAGAAACAGCUCCUAAAUAUUUCAGUUUGCUCAUACCUGUAAACUUGAUUUGCCAGUGGAUGUUACAGCUUUUUAAAAUUACAUGCUGAACUUCACAGCUCUUAAAAAAAAAAAAAAAAAAACAAAUCUAAAAAGUACAACUAGGCUAGUUGAUGUGCAUUAUUCAUACUUAACAACUUAAAGUAAAAAUAAUUAUUUAUUUAUUUUUCAAUGUCCAAAAGAUAUGAAACUGAUGAAAUAGCAGGAUAUUCCUGUUUUUAUUUUGCUUUACAGCUGAUGUUUCAUGAUGGAAACUGUGAACUUAUGACAUCUGUCCAAUUGUUUUUCUUCUCCUUAUCAGGAAAGAAUGCAAAAGAAAAGAGAAUAUAUAGUUCAGAGAUUUUUAUUUGUUUUCCAGUUUUUGUGAGACUUUAAUUUUGCUGUUGCUGCCAGUACAAUAAAAG